UCAUUUCAUACUGACGUCACUGCACUUGAUGACAGACGCCGUAUACGACACUCAUCAGUUGGAGGUUUGAAUGAAACGUACUGCUAUCUACAACAAAAAUUGAUUUGCUAAACAGACAAUAUCAUCAAGACAGUACCCAGAGACAGUAAAUCAUCAUGACACGUGUUGCUAUGAUUACACUUCUCGUCGUGAUUUGUACGGCACUUAUUGUGGAAGCCAAAUCUGUACAUAGAAGAAAGAGGAAUAGAGAGAGUCAAAGACUAAAACGCAAAAUGCCACAUGGCUGGGAGAAAAAAUUUGACAAGAAAGUGAAUGGUUUUAUAUAUAUAAACCACCUCACUGGAGCAGUCGACCGUACACCUCCACCUCCUGAUACUGGCAAUAAACCAAUACCCACAUCAGCACCAAUAACAAAACACGAACAAGGACAAUGCAAAGAAGGCUGGAGGUUUAGUUUCAAUUACUGUUACUACAUCUCUGAUUAUGCUGAUGUAAAAACCCAAAGUGAAGCUAGUGCAGCAUGCAAAGAAAAAGGCGCAGAUUUGUUUUGGCAAAAUUUUCAUUUUGAAAGUUUUUGGCUGAAGACAGAAAUCAACGAAAAAGUUGUAUUAUCAACCUAUUAUCUCUGGACAACUGGACAAAAACAGAACGACAAAUGGAGUUGGGGCACUGACAAACCAGCUUUCGAAGGUGUUAAAUGGCUUACUGGACAACCUGAUGGGGAAGGAAAAUGCAUAACAAUCUAUACAGCAAAUGGAUUCAUGGACGACAAAUCAUGUGAAACGAAAUUCAACUAUGUCUGCAAGACAAAACUUUGAUAGGCCAUGGUGCUCAAACUAUGUUAUUAGAAUACAAUUUUACUUUUGAAUCGAAUCGGUAGAUAUUAUUAUAUUUCUUUGUAUUCUUAAAACAGAUAUAUGUUGGAAUCACAUGAUGUGUGCAUCCUUAAAUAAUUAAAAAAAUUAUUAAAACCUUGUAUCGAAAAUGACUUUACAUUUCACUUUCUCAAUAUGAAAUAAAGAAUUAAAGACAACUACUGUAUGCUACAUGUUGUUACCAAUAAAGGAAACCAAUAUUUUAUAAAUAAAUAGUUUAUCAAUAUGAAAUACAAUAAAAUGAUGUAUGUCCGUUU